GUUUUUGAGCCUCGCCUGGAACGGUCGUCUGCUGCAGUUGAGCCCAGAUUUUCAAGUCAAGUGAUAAGGCGGGAAACAAAGCACUGGAGAUGGGGCAAUCGCUGCCGCUGCUCAUCCGCUUGAUCGUCGUCGUCUGGCUGACAAUUAGUACGGUCACCGCAUGUCCCCGGGCGCCCACCCACUUGAACCACGGUCGACGCACACGCGGCGACAAUGGAUACAAAUUAAUUGUGGCCGAUGGACCCAACGGAUAUGUGCCGGGCAAGACGUAUAAUUUGCUGCUACUUGGCUCCCGAACUCAUACGAAAAUUCAGCAUUUCACCCACUUCACCAUCGCCGCGGAGGCUCACACCGGAGCACGACGUCCCCAGGCGGCCAGUCCCAGACGAGUGGGUCGCUUCCAGCUGUUUAGUGACUCGCUGACCCAAUUCAACGAUCGUUGCGUGAAUACGGUUUCCGAGGCGGAUGAUCUGCCCAAAACGGAGGUCCAGGUGAUGUGGGUGGCUCCGGAGGCGGGUUCCGGCUGUGUUUCUCUGUCCGCCAUGGUCUACGAGGGUCCCCGUGCCUGGUUCGCCGACGAUGGUAAUCUAUCCACGGUGAUUUGUGAACGAAAACCGGAUGCAGCUGCUGCCCAAAAGGAAUGCUGUGCCUGUGAUGAGGCCAAAUAUAGCUUCACUUUCGAGGGCAUCUGGUCAAAUGAAACCCAUCCCAAGGACUAUCCCUUCGCCAUCUGGUUAACCCACUUCUCAGAUGUCAUUGGCGCCUCGCACGAAUCGAAUUUCUCCUUCUGGGGCGAGAACCACAUAGCCAGCGCCGGAUUCCGUUCCCUGGCGGAAUGGGGUUCCCCCACGGCUCUGGAAACGGAGCUGCGCGGCAAUGGACCCAAGUUGCGCACCCUGAUUAAGGCCGCCGGCUUGUGGUAUCCCCAUGUCAACCAGAACACCUCCGCCAAGUUCCGUGUGGAUCGCAAGCACCCGAAGGUUUCCCUAGCGUCUAUGUUUGGUCCUUCGCCCGACUGGGUGGUGGGCAUCAAUGGACUGGAUCUCUGCACCGAGGAUUGCAGCUGGAAGGAGUCGCUGGACAUUGAUCUUUAUCCCUGGGAUGCGGGCACUGAUAGUGGCAUCUCCUAUAUGUCACCUAAUUCGGAGACUCAACCACCGGAAAGGAUGUACCGCAUCACCACCAUGUAUCCCGAGGAUCCUAGGGCUCCCUUCUACAAUCCCCACAGCCGCCAGAUGACUCCUUUGGCCAAGUUGUACCUGCGUCGCGAGAAGAUUAUCUCCCGUAGCUGCGAUGAUGAAUUCCUGCAGGCCCUCCAGCUGGAGGUGUCCGAUGAUGCCGAGGAGCAGGACACCAGAGCCGAAUGCCGGGUGAGCGACUUCUCCGCCUGGAGUCCCUGUUCCGUGAGCUGCGGCAAGGGCAUCCGCAUGCGCAGCCGCCAGUAUUUGUACCCCGCUGCCGCGGAUCAGAGCAAGUGCGCCCGCCAACUGGUGUCCAAGGAAAUGUGCGUGGCCUCCCUGGCCGAGUGUCCCAGUGGCUCAUCAUCCCAGCAGUCCAGAGAUCGCGAUGAAGAUGAGGGCGAGAACCUGGCCAACUCGCAGUCUUCGGUGGGCGACAAUGGCGAGGGAGCCGGUCUCUGCAAGACUUCCCCGUGGAGCGUGUGGUCCGACUGCUCCGCCAGCUGUGGCAUCGGGAUCACCAUGCGCACGCGCACCUUUGUCAACCACUUGGGACGCAAGCGAUGCCCCCACAUCACGGUGGUGGAGAAGAACAAGUGCAUGCGGCCGGAGUGCAAGUUCGAGGAGGUGGAGCUGCCCGAUCCGCAGUGUCCCACCACCCAGUGGAGCGAUUGGAGUCCCUGCACCUCGACUUGCGGAAAGGGCGUGACCAUUCGCACCCGCCAGGUGCUUCUAGAGAAUGGACCCCUCAAGGAGAACUGCACGCGACGGUUGGAGCUGCACCAGCAGAAGCCGUGCGUUAAUCCCACCGACUGUCACAUAAAUGCGGAGCAGGCCAAGGAUAUUUGCGUCCAACCACCGGAUGUGGGUCCCUGCAGGGGCACCUAUAUGCGCUAUGCCUACGAUCCGCAUGGCCAGCGAUGCGGUGCUUUUACCUACGGAGGAUGUAGGGGAAACCGGAACAACUUCCUCACGGAAAACGACUGCCUGAGCACCUGCAGUGCCGUCAGAUCUUCGAGAGCUGAGCAACCCAAGGGAUGUGUCUUGUCCGAAUGGUCCACCUGGUCAUCGUGUAGUGUUCCUUGUGGCGUUGGAGUCUCCGAGAGCCAUCGCUACGUGGUCAGCGAGCCCCAGAAUGGCGGACAGCCUUGCUCCAAGCGCCUCACCAAGUCGCGUCCCUGCUCCAUGCCGGCGUGCUAGAUUAGAAUCGAAUUCUUAAUACUCCUUCUUGUAAAUGUACUCCUUCUGAGAGCUUAAAAAAAGAUAUUUUCAAUAAUAAAGUUUUAAUACAACAUA